AUGUUUAAAGCACAAAUAAAGAGCCAUGUUCUUACAAUUGAGGAUCAAAACAGCAUACUAUUUGAGCACUCUGUUUGGGACAAAGACGAAUCACUUGAAAUAUUCGGCGUAUACGGCUCUUUCACAUUUAACAAGCAUAUAUACUUGAUUUUAGUGCAAAGUGCUGAAAGAGUAGGGUUGAUUGGCGGGUAUCCUGUGUUUGAAGUCAAGGACGUGAGAAUAUUUAAUUUGAAGGAAAACAGAGCAAAUCAAAAAGGACCAGAUCGCCAAGAUGCGGCGUUAAAUGUAGAAGCAUCAGCUACAGGAGGCAUGGAUAACGACAUUAUGGAUUUGAAAGAAAUUCAGUAUCUAAAAAAAUGUAUUGCAGAGUUCUUUGAAUUACCUGGAAUUUAUUUUAGUGAGGCUCAGCUGUAUUUAAGAAAGGAUUUCAAUAGGAUGCUUGAUAAAAUAGCUGAGAAGACAGAUAAAAGUCCAAGCCAAAGGCUUAUCUUGCAAGAAGAAAGAUUGUACAAAUACGAGUUCUUAUUUAAUAGCUUUACCAUAGAUCACUUUAACAAGCUAUAUGCCCACCAGAAAAAAGAAAGCGCAUAUGAACGCUUGAUCUUGAAAUGCAUUCAAGGAUAUUUUGGUAUGUAUGAAGAUUUAAUAUUAAUAUCAAGGAGAUGUCCGAAACGAGCUGGGUCAAGGUACUUCUCAAGAGGCGUGGAUCAAAGCGGAUAUCCAAGUAACUUUGUGGAAACCGAGCAGAUUGUUUCAGACAAAAACUCAUAUCUUCAUCUACGAGGCUCAAUUCCGCUGGUGUGGAAGCAUACUGUAGGGUUUGUGUAUAAGCCUGCCAUUAAAAUUGAUGGGAAAUUGGCCGAGACAUCCUCCAGGACGGCGCAUGAGCUUCUUGAAAAUAUCUACAACAGGCCGGUAGUGUAUCUUAACCUAAUUCACAAGGACGGCUACGAGGAAAAUCUCUAUAAGAAGUUUAACCAGCAUUAUGGACUGACAUGCAACCUCUACAACUACGAUUUCAAAAAAGAUUUCAGAAAGGUUGAUUUUCCAAUUAAUUUUCUAGAGACCGGGUUCAAUUCCAGUGGUAGGUCACAAAAGACAAUAAUCAGAACAAACUGCAUCGACUGCCUUGACAGGACAAACUCAAUGCAGUACUUUAUAGGAAGGGACAUACUGAGGCUUCAGCUUGAGGAUGCCGGAGUCACUGGUAGAGAGAAUAUUGGUAGAUAUGAAGAGGCCUUUAAGACACUUUUCUACGAAAACGGAAACAACUUGAGCAUUCAAUAUGCUGGAACAAAGGCACAGGGAUCAUAUUUCAUAACGCAUGGACAGAGACAUAUUCUUGGGUCCCUAAGUGAUUGCUAUUCAUCGGUUACUCGAUAUUUUAUAAACAGAUAUAGACAAGGGCAGCUUCAUAACGUCUAUGAGGUUUUAACAGGUGUUAGAAUAGAUGGAAAUAUCCUUGGCAAGUCAAGAAGACCACAGUUAAAAAUGAUAUUGAUAGUCAUGCCAGUCCUUAUGUGCUUGUUCUUUGCAAGCAAGACUGGAGGCCUGGCAAGAGCUGUAUUUCUGGCAUUCUUUUUAUGCUUUGUUGUGUUCUGCAUAACUUCGAUGGAUUAUCCUCUCUCGUACCACUGA